CACAGAGACCUCUAGUGGGCGGGGCGUUAAGACAGCCUUCUGGAAAAAAACAAGCCAGCUAGUUAGUUAGCUUUUUUUUUUAAUAGGUAUAGAAACAGAUUAAUAACAUUCAUAAGUACAUUUUUACGUCACGUUUUGAUAACGGACACCUGAGUAACGACCCCGGCGGAUUAACGGAGCUGUUAAAGUGGAAAUGGAGGAGGUUCACGGCAGUAACGGCACCGAGUCACAACCUGUCACCAUCCCGACCACCAUCACAGCGUCUCAGUUAUCACAGAUCACUCAGAUGACUCUGGGAGGAUCUCCCGUGGCCGUGGUGCAGCUCCCCGGAGGUCAGAUUCAGGUGCAGGGGGUCAUCCAGUCAGCUCAGUCUUCAGUGAUACAGUCUCCACCAGCACAAGUACAGGGUCAGGGGUCAGACAGUGAAGAUUCUCAGGAUUCCACAGACAGUGGAGCUUCGAACCAGAAGACACGAGAGCUGCUGGCCAGACGCCCGUCUUACAGGAAGAUUUUAAACGACCUCUCAGCGGAGGAAGUAGCGACGCGUAAUGAAGGAGAGGAGGAGACCUCGGCGUCGUCCGCCAUGACCACCGUGUCUCUGUCCACGCCCAUCUACCAGACCAGCAGCGGACAGUACAUUGCGAUAGCGUCGAACGGCUCUCUGCAGUUAGCGGGUGCGGGCUCCGAGGGCGUUCAGGGCCUGCAGACGCUCACCAUGACCAACUCGAACCCGAGCCAGCCCACUAUACUACAGUACGCUCAGACCGCAGACGGACAGCAGAUCCUCCUGCCCAGCAAUCAGGUGGUGCUGCAAGGAGCGGGAGGUGAGAUGCAGGCGUAUCAGAUUCGCUCGUCAUCGUCAGCGCUGCCUCAGACCGUCGUCAUGACAUCACCAGUUAUCAGCUCUCAGGGAAAGAGUGAUGACCCUCAGCUGAAGAGAGAGAUCCGCCUCGCCAAAAACAGGGAGGCGGCUCGGGAGUGUCGCAGGAAGAAGAAGGAGUACGUGAAGUGCCUGGAGAACCGCGUGGCCGUGCUGGAGAACCAAAACAAAACGCUGAUCGAAGAGCUCAAGACGUUAAAGGACCUGUACUGCGUCAAAACGGGCUAACGGGUAGCGCUGUGCUAAAUGGACAGUACUUGCAGCUCUGCCUCCACACACACACACACACACACACACACACACACACACACUGGGAAUGUCAGUUCCUUGUUUUUAUACCUUUUUAACUAACAGCUUAGGAAGCGCAGGUCACACACACAGAGUUUAUGGAGAAUAAUAAUGAUGAUAUUUUUCCUUUAGCUAUUUUUAAUAAGAGAUGAGCAGAUGUGUAUAUAUUGUGUACGUGUCCCGGGUGUGUGUUUCACGCCUCUACACGGGGAAUUUCCUCUUUAUCUCUCUGUCAGCGAGCCGUGCGUUUAUUAGGGAAUUCGUGCGUUUCUUUCUUUUUUUUUUCCCCAGAAGUGCUUAAAUAAAAUGAAAAGUAAAAAUAAUUCAGAGAUAGAAGUGAGUGAACUGCAACUCUCUCUCUCUCUCUCUCCUCCUCUUUUGCUCUCUCUCUCACUUCCUCUCUCGCUUUCUCUCCCUUUCUCUCUCUCUCUCGCUCUCUUCCUGUCUCUCUCUCGCUCUCUCUCGCUCUCUUCCUCUCCCUCUCUCGCUUUCUCUCCCUUUCUCUCUCUCUCUUCCUGUCUCUCUCUCGCUCUCUCUCUCUCGCUUUCUCUCCCUUUCUCUCUCUCUCUUCCUGUCUCUCUCUCGCUCUCUCUCUCUCGCUCUCUUCCUCUCCCUUUCUCUCUCUCUCUUUCUCGCUCUCUUCCUCUCCCUUUCUCUCUCUCUCUCUCUCGCUCUCUUCCUCUCCCUCUCUCACUUUUUUGCUUUCUCUCUCACUUUCUCUCUCACUCUCUUCCUGUCUCUCUCUCUCUCGUUUUCUUGUAUAGUGACAUGUGAUUGUGUACUCUUUUUUUUUUCCUUCCCUUUUUGACCAAAUCUCAAUUCUAGAGUUUUUUUUUUUUUUAACUCUUAAUCAUCAAUCCCAGUUCUUACACACUUUUAAUGAAGAAUCUUAUCAUUUUUUCAUCUCUAAAGGAAACGGUCCUUGAGCCAAAUCUGUGUCUACAACAAUCAUGAUGUUCUUUGAUUUGCAGCAGACUAAACGACUAAACUGCUGGAUUUCCUGAAUAAAUAUAAAUAUUUGUGGCUGAAGCUGUUACGGUUCAGUUCAAUCAGGGAGCACGCUUGCACUUCCACAUGCAGGUGACGUUGUUUAUUAAUAAAAUACCGAAUAUUAAAAAAAAAAAAAAACAAGAUCAGUUGUUUGUUUUGGUUUUUUUUUUACGUGAACCUAAAUAAAUAUUUUUUCCAUCCUA